AUGGCGGACUACGGCCAUCAGCAGGGCAGAGAGUAUGCGCGCCCUCCGCAGCAUGGCCAGUCCACGGGAGCAAGGGACGCAGCAUUCGCGAACAUCUUCGGCGCGAACCCGGCCAUGGCGGGUCGCUCACAAACAAUGACCUCCCAGUCCCCGAUGCGUCCUCCAGACCGCGCUCAGACAAUGUCAAGCCAGACGGCCGAUAUGAUGCAGCGCGGUCCGCCAAUGCGGCAGCCAUUGGGCGGAUAUGAUCGACGACCUCCUAAUGCCUAUGAUCAGCGGCCCUCCAACAAUUACGAUCAACAACGCCCACAGAGUUAUGACCAACCUCACGACCAAUUUUCUCGCCCACCGCCAAAUGGUUUCAAUCCCCAACGUCAAUCCGAAGGUCCCCCUCAAGCCCAACGCCAACCUCAACCUCAAUACCUACCACGGCCAUUGCGCCCUGAGCGUCAACCCUACGGACAACCUCAACGAUUUGACAGUCGAGCUUCUCCUCCCGGGCAGCCCAUGUUCAACAAGCCAAUGCAGUAUCGGAACGGCCCGCCUGGUCCGCCUGGUCCGCCCGGCCCUGCGAUGGCGUCGGACAGCUAUCGCUCUCAGUCGAUGGCUGCAGGACCACGACCUCAAUUCCAUCCUAACGGACCGUCAGGCUAUGGAGUUUCGCCGGCGCACACGUUUCGCCAGCAGCCGUACAUGAACCACAACGCGAGAACGACAGCACAAGGUCGCGUCGUGCCCGAGCGACCAGACGAGCGGACUAUGUCCAUGUCCUCAUACACAAGCAACAAUGAUUAUACCCAGACAAUGAGUGGGCGGGUCAUUCCCCAUCGUAGGAGGGAGUCAGGGGGCACGGAAGCCACACUGUUGGAGCAAGCACCCGCAGGUUCACCUCCUCCCGUGAACGUUGGACCGGGAAGUAAGACAAGAAAUGUCAGCCAAGGCAGUAUUCCCACGACUAGGUCAAUGUCUAUGGCUUCUACGGUUGUUCCACCUUCAGAGCGCACAGAAACGAUGAGUUCCUCAAUCACUCGCCCAAGCUCUACGCAGACAAUGACCAACCGGAAUUCAUCUCAAUCCCAGCAGCAGGCAGCUCAGCAAGCAGCUCAGCAGGCGAUGCUUGUCUCUCAGAGACGAGCACCUCUUGUCUAUCCGGCCCUUCUGUCGCGUGUGGCUGAAGUCUUCCGAGAACGAGUUGGAUUAACAGAAAAGGAGAAAGACGGUCUCGUUUAUAAGAGCGCCUUUACUGGAGCAGAGGCGGUUGACUUGAUCUCGUACAUUAUUAAGACCACUGAUCGAAAUCUAGCGCUCCUCUUGGGAAGAUCUCUCGACGCACAGAAGUUUUUCCAUGAUGUUACGUACGCACACAGACUGCGCGAUUCCACCAACGAGAUAUAUCAAUUCCGAGAAACGUUACUGGAAGAUACUACGGAAGUGAACGGUGUUUUCACGCUUCUGACAGAGUGCUAUUCUCCUACAUGUACGCGCGAUCGCUUGUGUUAUUCAAUCGCCUGUCCUCGGCGUCUCGAACAGCAGGCCCGUCUCAAUCUGCAGCCUCAGCCCGGUCUGAAGCGUGCAGAGUCUCGGGCCAGUUUACAUGAUGACGGAGAUGACGAGCAGAAACUGUGGAUCAACACGGUUUCCAAGGAGGUGGCCGCAAGUGUCAGUGAAAAGGAGCAGAAACGCCAGGAGGUCAUAUCAGAACUGAUGUACACGGAGCGAGAUUUCGUCAAGGACCUUGAAUAUCUGCGAGAUUUCUGGAUGAAACCACUUCGAGGCCCCAGUACAUCACCCAUCCCGGAACACCGACGAGAGAAGUUCGUGCGAACUGUCUUCUCAAACUGUCAAGAGGUGUACAUGGUCAAUUCCAGACUAGCAGAAUCUCUUACUCGCAGACAGCAAAAGGAGCCAGUGGUCCGAAACGUGGGAGAUAUUUUCCUCGAAUACGUUCCGCAUUUCACACCCUUCAUCAAGUAUGGUGCAAAUCAACUAUUCGGUAAAUACGAAUUCGAGCACGAGAAACGCACCAACAUACAAUUCUCAAAGUUUGUUGAUGAAGUCGAAAGAAUGAAGGAAUCCCGCAAACUUGAACUCAAUGGCUACCUCACCAAGCCAACUACAAGACUUGCAAGAUAUCCACUGCUUCUGGAAGGCAUACUCAAAUAUACGGCAGACGACAACCCAGAUAAACAAGAUCUCCCCAAAGCCAUCGCCAUCAUCAAGGAAACCCUCUCCAAGGUCAACGUCGAGUCCGGCAAAGCCGAGAACCAUUUCAAUUUGAUGCAACUUAAUAGGGACUUGAAGUUCCGUACUGGCGAAUUCGUUGACCUCAAACUAACGGAUGAGAACCGCCAGUUGGUUUUCAAGGGAAUGUUGAAGAAGAGUCCGACAGACACUACCGGUGAUAUUACCUGCUACUUGUUCGAUCACGCAGUUCUCCUUGUUCGAAUUAAGACGGUGAACAAGAGGGAAGAGCAGAAGGUGUACAAAAAGCCCAUUCCCCUCGAACUUCUUGUCAUCACCCAGAUGGACGAGAUCAUUCCGAGAAUGGGUAUCGCGAAGCGCCCUUCUGCCAAUCUGAUGGGUGCGAAGGCGCUCGCUGCAAAUGCUCCUAGGGGAGACGCGACCAAGCAACAAGGUUAUCCCAUCACAUUCAAGCACCUGGGCAAGGGCGGCUAUGAACAGACCCUGUACGCCAGCACUCCCAUCUCUCAACAGAAAUGGAUGGAGCACAUCGAGGCUCAACAACGCAACUUGAGGGAACGGAGCAACAUUUUCACAAAGACAAUCCUCAAUGAAGGCUUCUUCACCCCUGCCAUUCGCGUUACCUGCGCAGUUCCUCUCGAUGGCGGCCGGAAACUUGUUUUCGGAACGGAUGCCGGCAUUUAUGUCGUCGAUCGUAAACCCAAGGAUUCAUCUAUUAAGCCUCGACGUGUGUUGGAUUGUAAGGCAGUCACUCAGGUCGACGUUCUAGAACAGCAUCAAAUUGUGCUUGUCCUGGCAGACAAGACUCUAUACUCUUACUCCAUGGAGGCACUUGAUCCCGAUGAGUCGCAAGCGAUCGCUAAGCGCCCGCGCAAGAUCUGUCAUGCAAAUUUCUUCAAAUCGGGCAUUUGCAUGGGCCAGCAACUCGUUGCAUCCGUCAAGACUUCGGCAUUAUCCACAACAAUCAAAGUGUUCGAGCCAAAGGAGAACAUGGCCAACAGGUCAAAGAAAUCCGGCUUUGCGAAGAUGCUCUCCACUGGACAAGAUCAGCUCAAGCCAUACAAGGAAUUCUACAUCCCCACCGAGUCCACUUCGAUACAUUUCCUACGCUCCAAGCUUUGUGUUGGAUGCGCCAGAGGAUUCGAGGUUGUCAGCCUUGAAACGCUCGAAACGCAAUCCCUUCUCGACCAGGCCGACACAUCGCUUGAUUUUGUCGUACGAAAGGAGAACAUCAAGCCGAUCCACAUCGAGCGUCUUGCCAGCGAAUUCUUGCUUUGCUAUACCGAUUACUCAUUCUUCGUCAACAGAAAUGGCUGGCGUGCUCGACCAGACUGGCGCAUCAUCUGGGAAGGGACUCCGCAGGCAUUCGCUAUCUUCCACCCGUACAUUCUGGCCUUUGAACCAAGCUUUAUCGAAAUCCGGCAUAUGGAGAGUGGUGGCUUGGUCCACAUCCUUACCGCUAAAAACAUUAGGUGGUUGCAUACAUCCACACGAGAAAUCCUAUAUGCAUACGAAGACGAAAUGGGCAAUGAUGUCAUAGCAAGUUUGGAUUUUUGGCAAGCGGCCAACAGCCCGGGCCACAAACCGGGCGCUAUCGAGAACAGGAACUGA